AUGGCAGGCUCCGGCGAAAGCGCGAGAACUACGGCGGCGUCGCCUCCCGGACCGCCCCCCGGGUUCGGCGAGGGCGCCCCGCCGGACAACGCUCUGCACGCCCUGGGCUUCGAGUACACCCGCAUCACCGGGAGCGAGGUCCUUGGCCGCCUCGCCGUCACCGAAACCUGCUGCCAGCCCUUCAAGAUCCUCAACGGCGGCGUCUCGGCGCUGAUGGCAGAGUCGACGGCGAGCAUCGGCGGGUACAUGGCGUCCGGGUACCGGAGGGUGGCCGGCGUGCAGCUCUCCAUCAACCACCUCAAGCCCGCCCGCCUCGGCGACCGCAUCGAGGCCAAGGCGAACCCCAUCCAGGUCGGCCGCAACGUCCAGGUAACUACAGUCUACAAUCAAACACUAUUUUAUCCCCACACGAGACAAAAUUCUUCCAUACGCUGGUUCAUCGUGCAGAUCCCAUUUUGUUUUCAAACGGAGUUCAUCGCCCAAAAUAAAAGAUCAAUUGAUAAAAGCCAGUCUGCUACUGGCUUACUGCAUCUGCAAUUUGAUUAG